CGAUAACUAAAAAAGUGACGGGAGUACAUAUAUAAUGCUUUGAGAGAGCAAAAGAAAAAAGAAAACAAAACUCUCGUUUAGCCGGACCCUCACCUCCGACAAAAAGACGGCCCCGGUAAACGACCGGCGCCAGCUUUUUUCCCUCCGUCGUCCCGCGCGACGGCGACGCGACUGCGUGCCUCCAACCGCAACACUCCAUUGCUACCGCAGCCACGGCCGCCGGCCCGGCCCGCCGCAGCCUUCGCCCGGUAACCGCGCUGAUCCCUUCACCCCUAAGUCACCUCUCCUCCGCUAUAUUUAACCGCCAAGAAAAAAAAAAAGAAGCCCUCCACUCCCGCUCCCACUCCCCGCCCCAGCCAGCCAGCCAAAGUUGCCGAACCCCAAGCUGAAAGCAGCCGCCAUUAUUGGCGUUGCACCACCAAAAGCAGCUGCUGCUGCCUGCUUUGCUGCUGAAAAGCUCCGGCGCCGGCCAGAUGGGUGCCGAGCGCGCGCGGCGCUGGAGGUUCCUUCCCUUCCGGUCGCUGUCUCUGCCACCGCCGGCAGCAUCCAAGCCCAAGAACAGGCCGCCGCCGGACGUCACUGUUCCUCCGCCCCCGGCGACGAAGGAGAAGGGAGAGGAGGAGGAGGGGGAGGUGCCGGCGGACUUCCUGUGCUGCCCCAUCCUCCGCACGCCGAUGGCGGACCCGGUCAUCCUGCCGUCGGGGAGGACGUACGAGCGCGCGUGCGUCCUGGCCUGCGCGGAGCUCGGCCUCUCUCUCGGCCCAGACGGAGUGGUGGCGGGCGACAGGGGCAGGGACACACAGGGCGGUGGCGUUGCCGCCGCCAUACCCAACGACGCGCUCCGGGCGGCCGUCCGGACGUGGUGCGCGCGCUCUGGUCGCGCGGCGCCCGUGUCGCCUUCGGGCGAGGAGGCGAGGGUAGCCGUGCUCCGCGCAGUGGCGGCGGGGACGCAGCCUCCGGCGAGGUCGUCGUCGUCGAACCUGUCGUGCUCAUCGGAGGGGGCUCCGGUCCCGGCGAGGUCGGCGUCGAACCUGUCGUGCUCGUCGGAGGGGGCGUACGCGGCGUCCACGUCGUCCUCGUCGUCGGGUAGGUCGUCGAGGGAGAUGGCGCCGGUCGAGGUGCAGGUGGCGGUGCGCGGGAAGGAGGCGGCGAAAGAGGAGCAAGACGAGCCCGUGCGUGUUGCUGACGCAGAGGAGGAGGCCGUGGCGAAGGCGGUGGAGGGCGGGGACGAGACGGAGGUGGAGGCGGCGAUGGCUGCACUGCGGCGGGCGACGCGGGAGGGCGCGGCGAGGCGGCGCGCGCUGUGCGGUCCGCGGCUGCUGGCGGCGCUCAGGCGCGUGCUGCUGUCCUCGCGCCACACCGCGUCGGCGCGCGCGGACGCCGCGGCGGCGCUGGCGAACCUCUCGCUGGAGCCGGAGAACCGGGUGCCCGUGGUCCGCGCGGGCGCGGUGCCGGCGCUCGUGGAGGUGCUGGCGUCCGCCGCCUCGCCGGCCGAAGCACGCGAGCACGCGGCGGGGGCGCUCUUCGGUCUCGCCCUCCACGAGGGAAACCGCGCAGCCAUCGGCGUGCUCGGGGCCCUGCCGCCGCUCCUCGCGGCGCUCGCGGACCGCGACCACGCCGCCCCGCGCGCGCGCCGCGACGCCGGGAUGGCGCUCUACCACCUCUCCUUCGCCGCCGUGAACCAGUGCAAGCUCGCGCGCGCCCCGGGCGCGUCCAGGACCCUCCUCUCCGUCGCGUGCGACGCCGCCGAGCAGGCGCCUAUCCGGAGGCUGGCGCUCAUGGUGCUCUGCAACGUGGCCGCCUGCGCGGAAGGCAGCGCCGCGCUCAUGGACGCGGGCGCCGUGGCGACGGCGUCCGCCAUCCUGUCGGAAGGAGGAGCGUGCAACGCGGAGCUGCAGGAAUGCUGCGUGGAGGCGUUGUACGCCAUGAGCAGGGGGAGCCCGCGGUUCCGGGGGCUCGCCAGAGCGGCCGGCGCGGACCGCCCACUCAUGCUCAUCGCCGAGCAGGCGAGCCCGGGCGUCGACAAGGAGGUGGUUGAGACGGUGCUGCGCACGAUGGGCCGUGACAGCAGCGACGACGACCACAUGUCCGGCCGCAGCAGUUUGCCUCACCGCCGCCGCGUGGCAAGCUGGAGCGCAACGCCUGCCGCGACACCACCAAGUUCUCAUCAAUGGCGAUCCGUGUGCAUUGAUUAAUUUAGGUCCAUCUGCUGGAUUCAAGCUUUUGUCAUCGGGUUGAAAAUCUUGCUGUGCUUUCUUCUUGGUCUGUCAUUUUGGAUGAGUGAAUUGGUGAAGAAAUCUACAAGACAGUUCUGCAGUUGAAUCCAGUACGGUUGUGUGCGUUUGUACUAUGAACUGCACUGUCACUUUUGUUCCUGUCAUGUUAGCCAAACUGUAUAUAGGUUGUUGCUUUGCUUGCAAAUUGUUGCCUUUUUGUAUGUCGAUUGCAUUACAUAUAGUAACUUUUUGCAAAUGAAGGAGCAAUGUGUUUGCUAA